AUGCCGCCGGCCCACGUAGGCGUACUCUUUGAUCAUGUCAGCGCCGACGCAUGGUCCAUCCUAGCACGUAUACCCAAUGAGGAGGCACAAAUGCAAGCAUGGCUGGAUGCUCACGACGAAACUACUCGUACUUUGCUCCUAUGCCUGGCUCAAGCCGUCCAGGCUACCCUACCUACACAUGUGGCUUCCAUGGAAGAGACGCUGGAAGAGGCUAUGCGUGAUCUAUCUGUAUCGCAAGAGGACGAAGUUCGGCCAGCAUCGCCGCCGACGCUAAGCGCCCUGGACAUACUGGGGGGUGUGGUGGCGCUAGCGCACCAACAUACCACGUCCGAUCACGCUGACAUGGCAGAGAAGGAUACACCGUGCUUCACGCCCUUCCAAGAAGGCCCGAAUCCACUCGAAAGCCCGAUACCCACAGAGGACGACACGUCUCUGUCUUUUUCGCUGCGAAGUCGCGUAAUGGAAUUGGCACCGAUUGUCCCUACGGAAGCGCGACCACCACCAAUGCUACCACGGCAAACGCUGCCAUGGGAUGAGACGGAGGCGCCGGCUUAUGUGGACCGAUACGGGUUCUUGUACGGGAUGAGUGUGACAGAGUACUGGAAACGCGUGCACGGCUCCACGUCGCCUACGUUGCCUGAGGCAUCGAUCGCUGACGAUGGCGGUAUGACGGUAGCGCCGUUGCUUACGCCCAGCGCAGCGACGCUUGAUAUGCCCACCAAAAGCACUGAGCCCAUGACUGCCACUGAGACGACGACGACGACGGCCAUCGCUCUGCCCAGCACAGAAGAAUCGCAGCUAUGGCCGACGAUUCCUCGACUCGUGCGACAUGUGCAUGACGUGUACGAACAGCAGCAAAAAGAGAGACUGCCUCCAUGGGAAUUGUUUCUCAGCGAUAUGGCAGAGCAGCAAGACCUUCUGGACGAGCCUGAAACGAUAUGGCACAAGACGUUUGCGGCGCUGCGAUCCGCGGACAUGAAGCCCCUUCGCACAGAUGUGCAACGUCUGCAAGACCUAUGUCAGCGUGGCAUCCCAAUGGCCCAUCGUCCCGCGAUGUGGGCAGAAUGUACGCGGGCGCGUGACUGGGCCGAGCCAGGACGAUACCAAGACCUGCUGCGUCAGCCGAAAUUCAACCGACAAAUUGAUGUGGACGUGUAUCGGACGAUGCCAACGAACCUGUUCUUUGGCGGCCAAGGCCCUGGCGUAGCGAAACUACGUCGCUUGCUAACGGCCUAUGCGCAGUACCAUGAGGAAAACGGGUACUGUCAAGGGAUGAACAAUUUGGCUGCAAUUCUUCUAUUAACAUAUACAGAUGAGGAAGAUGCAUUUUGGGCGUUGGUCGGUUUGAUGAAUACCAUCUUACCACCAGGGUAUUAUGCAUCAAAUAUGGUGAUACCGCGGGCCGAUCAGCAUGUCUUGCUAAAACUGAUCCAUUCCGGCAUGCCGAAACUGGCAGCUCAUAUGCAUGCGCUCGGCGUCGAAUUGCCAGCGGUCACACUUUCAUGGUUUUUAUCGUUGUUUACCGCAUGUCUGCCCACCGAAACGCUGUUUCGCGUAUGGGACAUGCUGCUGUUAGAAGGCCAAGUGGUCUUGUUCCGUGUUGCUUAUGCAAUCCUCGCCCUCAAAGUCAAAGCGCUGCUGGCGACCAAAAACGCGGCGUCCUUUUAUCAUCAGCUUCGACUCGCCGCUGCGCAUCUCUUCGAUGCAGACGAGCUGCUGCACAUGUGCGCGUCCCUACGCGAGAAAAUUCGAACGCCAGACGUGGCGCUUCGUCGUGAAAAAUACAUUAAAGCAGGUACACAAGAUAACUCUGCUUCAUAA